AUGGUUGGUGAUGAAAGUAUCUCUUUAGAGGGGUUGCAAUUCAAUUUGACUAUAAUCAAAGCAGCAACAAAUAAUUUUUCGCACGAGAAUAAGAUUGGCAAAGGUGGUUUUGGAGAAGUAUUUAAGGGUAUUUUAUGUGAUGGAAGAUAUGUAGCAGUUAAGAGGCUUUCAAAAACAUCUAAACAAGGUUCAGUUGAGUUUGAGAAUGAGAUUUUAUUAAUAGCCAAGCUACAACAUAGAAAUCUCGUGGCAUUUAUAGGUUUUUGGGUGGAAAAGCAGGAGAAGAUUCUUAUAUAUGAAUACAAGUCAAAUGGAAGCCUUGAUUACCUUUUAUUUGGUACUCAACAACAAAAGUUAAGUUGGUCUCCACGUUACAAAAUUAUAAAAAGAACUGCUUUUAGAAUUCUUUAUUUACAUGAAUAUUCUAAACUUAAAGUUAUACAUCGUGAUCUUAAAUCCAGUAACAUUCUAUUAGAUGAAAAUAUGAAUCCAAAAAUAUCAAAAUUUGGUAUGACAAAAAUGGUUGAAAUGGAUCAAGAUCGUGGCAAUACAAAUAGAAUUGCUAGAACUUAUGUUUAUAUAUCACCAGAAUAUGCGAUGUUUGGACAAUUUGCUGAGAAAUCAGAUGUGUUUAGUUUUGGUGUCAUAGUUUUUGAGAUUAUAACUGGAAAAAGAAAUUCAAGUUUUUUAAAAUUAUACAGUGAUGUUUGGAGACAAUGGCAGGAUCAAACACCGUUAAGGAUCUUGGACUCAAACAUAAAAGCAAGUUAUUCAGAAAUAGAAGUUAUUAAAUGCAUUCACAUUGGUUUAUUAUGUGUUCAAGAAAAUCGAAAUAUUAGACCAACAACUAUUUCAUAUCUUAAUAAUCACUCACUUGAGUUACCGUCAUAG